AUGUUUGGCAUUCAAGAGGCACUUACAGCCCAGUUCCUUACUCUCACAUCCGCUACUCUUGCCUCUUCCUUCUUGGGAACCAGGUGCACUGCCGACCCAAAGACAUGUCCUGCUGUAAACCCGUGUGUGCCAUGCCAGCCCUGCGGCCCGACUCCUCUGGCCAGCAGCUGCAAUGAGCCCUGUGUCAGGCAGUGCCAGGACUCCACCAUUGUCAUUGAGCCCUCUCCUGUGGUGGUGACCCUGCCCGGACCCAUCCUCAGCUCCUUCCCACAGAACACCGCCGUCGGAUCCUCCACCUCCGCCGCUGUUGGCAGCAUCCUCAGCUGUCAGGGAGUGCCCAUCACCUCGGGCGGCUUUGACCUCUCCUGCAUUUCCAACCGCUACUGUGGCAGAAGGUGCACCCCCUGCUAAAGGUGCUGGACACUGCCCCGGACGACGACCCCCACGAUCUCAGGACAUGGCGCUGGACGGCAGAACAGACUCUGUGCUGCUGUUUUCACAGUAGAUGACCACAACUGGCUUACGCUGUCACGACAGACCGGAGGGGCCAGCCUGGCUUCUCUGACUACGUGGCCAAUGUCUACCAAUACGCCCUUCCACCCACUCUUUCUCUCUCUCUGCUCUGUUGUAAUCUGCACUCCCCAAACUCUCUUUGAAGGUCCCAGAAAUCAGCAGAGUGACCUACUAGCCUCACUCUCUUUGAUGGGCAUUUAGGUGGGUGUCCCGUGGCAGCUCUGCCGUGGGAAAAGGGCAACAGAUUCUUCUCUGCUCCUGCUGCUCUCUGCACCUGGGAUGACUCCACUUGGGCUGACAUCAUUUCCCUCCUUAGAUUCAUUAAACAUUUGCUGCAACCUUCA